AGAAAGCGCUAUAGGCCGUCUGCUUUGGGGACAGGGACGCAGCUUGCAAACCUGGGCAUGCUUUCCUUUGGCUAAACGUUUGUUGUUAAUCUUAAAGGCUUUGUGUGACACAAGACAAGACUCGGAAAGGUCUGUUGCCAUGGUGGAUGUUUUUUCCAGCUCUUUUUUUCAGGUGAAGGGGUUGUUUUUUGUCAUCCGUGCAACAAGAGGCCAUGGACGGAUUUAUUCUUUCUAGAAAGCGCCUCAAUUGAAGUUGUAGCCCUUUUGUGAUACCUCUGGCAAAAAGCAAGAUUCCAAAAUCACGCUGAGAGAAGAGCAGAAGACAUGGGUGACAACAUACCUGGAGGAAUAGUAGCUGCUGCAAAGAACCGUCUGCAGGUGGUGAAGGGUUUGGAGGAUGUGCAGGUGUCUGAGUGUGAGAGCUGCUCCUUUGACGUAACCUUGAAUCUGGCCUAUAUUGAGGGCGUGUGGACCAGAGAUGGGCUGCGGCUCAAGUCCAAGCCCACCUGUCGCAUCAGCACUCAUGGGAAGAAACACUCCCUCAUACUGAGCAGGGUGGCUUUGGGAGACGCAGGCCUGUUCUCUUUUCAGGCCCCCGGCAUUCAGACGUCAGCCAGACUCACUGUCACAGCUAGGGACAUCCACAUAGUGACAGAGCUGGAGGAUGUUGACACGGUGGAGCGCCAACCUGUAAACUUCGUCUGUGAGGUCAACCAAGUGGAUUUGGAGGGUCGGUGGUACAGAGAUGACAGCCGAAUUCGACCUGGGGACAACAUCAAGAUCAGACACCAGGGUAAAACUCACACCCUGUGCUUCAAGUCAGUCAGGCCAGAGCACGCUGGAGAGAUCAGAUUCACUGCAGAGCGUGUCUCAUCUUAUGCAACUCUCACAGUAAAAGAGCUCCCAGUCCAAAUAGUGCGUCCUCUGAGGGUCAAAAUAGCCAUGUAUCGCCACCGGGGUCUGCUGGAGUGCCAGGUGUCUCGGCCUAAUGCUCAGGUCACGUGGUACAAGAACAGGAAGGAGCUCGUGCCCAAUAAGAAGUACCAGAUGAUCAGCCAAGAUGUCUACAGGCAGCUGACCAUCGAUGACAUCUGCUCCUCAGAUGAGGACACCUACACCUGUGAUGCAGGAGAUGACAACACCUCCUGUCAGCUUUUGGUGGAGGAGCAGGCUAUCAGCAUAGUGCGGGGGAUGAGCUCAGUGGAGGUGACAGAGCCAGAGCCAGCGCUGUUUCAAGUGGAGACCAGCCUGAAAUCAGGGAGGCCCCCCCGCUGGACCCUGAACGGUGAGGUGCUGGAGCCUUGCGCAGCAGUGAACAUCGACAGGCAGGGCACCCUCCACAGCCUCUGCUUCACCUACACAGAAAGCUCCAUGUCUGGCCCUGUGCUCUUUGUAGCUGGGAAGAGUCGUUCCACUGCUCAGCUUACUGUCAAAGAGCGGCCUCUUCAAGUUGCCCACCACUUGGAAAAUGCAGAGGCGAAGGAGAACAGCUCUGUGACUCUGAGCUGUGCGUUUGUGCCCUCGCCCAGAGUGGUGAGGUGGUUUAAAGGUCGUACGGCUCUGAAGACCAACAACAAGUACAGCAUGAAGAGAGAAGGGAAACGAGCACAGCUGACCAUUCAUGGUUUGUCAGCCAUGGAUGCAGGACAGUAUCGCUGCAUGGCUGGGGGUGCACAGAGCACAGCACAUGUUAAGGUAGAAGUGCGGACGCUGAAGCUGGUAAAACACUUAGAGCCAGUGGAAAUUGAGGAGGAUAGCAUUGCCAGGUUCACGUGUGAGCUCAACUACGUGGUUGCCAAUGUGGAGUGGCUUCUCAACAAUGUUCGCCUCUAUUGCAAUGCCAUCAACAGGAUCCAGCACAUGGGCACUAUGCACAGCCUCACAAUUAAGAAUCCGCGACCACAGGAGAGCAGGGUCACCUUCAAAGCCGGCCUUCUCUCUGAGACAACCAUCUUAAAAGUCAAAGAGCAUCCAGCAGUGUUCCUGAGGUCUCUGGAGGAUGUAGUGGGAGAAGAGCAAGGGGAGGUCUGCCUGCAGUGUGAGAUUUCCAAAGAGAAAGUGACCCCUGUUUGGAGGAAGGAUGGCGAGAUCCUGACCACUGAUGAUAAACAUGAGUUACUCCAGUCUGGGAAGUCCAUGGCACUGAUCAUCCAUUCCCUGAGCAAAGAUGAUGCUGGACAUUACACCUGUGACCUGGGCACCAGCCAGACCAAGGCUAAAGUUACUGUGCAUGACUUACGCAUCACUAUUGUUCAUCGUAUAAAGAUAACAUCAGUCCAAGAAGGCGAAUGCUGCACUUUUGAUUGUCAACUCUCUCACGAUCUCGAUGACGAGCCUUCCUGGACCAUCAAUGGCCAGCUGGUUGUCACCAAUAGCCGUAUCCAGGUUAUCAACAAUGGCCGCCACUAUAAGAUGACCAUUAGAGAUGCUUUACUGACUGACGCUGGAGAUGUGGUCUUCACAAUUAAAGACCUAAGCUGUAGGACCAUGCUCUUUGUUAAAGAGAAGCCGGUGCACAUCUUCAGGGAGCUGCUGAACACUAAGGCAGUGCCAGGCGAAGACGCAGAGCUGAGCUGUGAGAUCACCAAACCAGAGGUCCUGAUCCGUUGGCUGAAAAAUGGCCGUUUGAUCAGGCCGAGCCCCAAGUAUGUGAUGAGUGUAGAGAAGAACCUGGCGCGACUGGUGAUCAAGAAUUCCACCAUCAGAGACUCUGGAGAGUACUGCUGUGAGGCCGAUGGCAUUGCCUCGCGUGCCAAGCUGGAGAUCAGAGAGCUCCAGCACACAUUUGCGAGGGAGUUAAGGGACACGCGGGCAGAGGAAAAGGGUAAAGUGACCCUGGAGUGUGAGACCAGGCGGCCAGCCAAGCGAGUGACCUGGCUGAAGGGCAUGGUGGAGCUGAGGUCCGGUAGGAAGUAUGUCAUCAGGCAGAAGGGUGUGGUGCUGUCCCUGACCAUCACCUGUCUGGACAAGUCGGACACAGAUAUUUACAUUUGUGAUGUCGGUACCAUGCAGAGCCGGGCACAGCUGACGGUGCAGGGUCAGAGGGUUUUGAUCCUGGAUGAAUUAGAGGAUGUCGAGUGUCUAGAGGGCGACACGGUCACAUUCAAGUGUCGAAUUUGUCCCAGUGACUACAUUGGGGUAAAAUGGUAUCUGGACGAGACUUUGCUGUACACAAAUGAGCUCAAUGAGAUCCAGAUGGUGGCCGGAGGCUACCACACCCUCACAUUUAGACAACUCGCCCGCAAAGACACUGGCACUAUCUCAUUUUCAGCGGGGGACAAAAGAUCGUACGCCUCACUGUUGGUUAGAGAGAGGCGUCCCACCAUCAUUAAAGCACUGGAAGACUGCGAGGCUAUUGAAGGGGGUGGUUUGGUUUUGUCUUGCGUGGCCUCCAAGCCAUGUCACAUCCUGUGGUACAAAGAUGGCUGCUUGAUGUGGAACUCCUCGAGGUAUUUUGCCAGUCGUUCCGGCUGUGAGGCCCGGCUGACGAUUCGGGAGGUCAGCAACAACGAUGCUGGAGUGUAUGAGUGCAGUGCUGGAUCUGUUACCACGAGGGCCGUUGUGACUGUCAGAGCCAUCCCAGCAGAGUUCAUCCAGGCUCUUAAGUCCUUGGAGGCCAAAGAGGGGGAGACCGUCACCCUGACCUGUGAAUACUCUCUGCCUGGGGUCCAGUGCCACUGGAAGAGAGGUUUCGAGAGUAUCAGGCCUGGAGACAGAUACCUGAUUAAACAGAGGAAGACGAUCAAUUCUCUGACCAUCAAAGCACUGAAGCCUCUUGACUCAGGAGAAUAUACCUGCCAGUGCAGAGAUCACCACACUACAGCAAGCCUCAAAGUACACGCUAUUCCCAUAACAUUUAUACAGAAGUUAAAGAACAUGCAAGCAGAGGAGGGAAGCAAUGUCCUACUGCGCUGUGAGCUGUCUAAACCUGGAAUUCCAGCUGAAUGGAGGAAGGAACAUGAGCUGUUGAAGAAUGGAGUGAAAUACCAGAUAAGGAAAAGAGAGACCACUCUGGAGCUUCUGAUCUGGAAGCCUGUUCCAGAGGACAGUGGGGUCUACAGCUGUGCCUGUGCUGAUCAGAUAACAUCUGCCACUGUCAAAAUCACUGCUCUCCCAGUCACCUUCAAGCAGAAGCUGAGGAAUGUGCUCAUUGAGGAAGGCAGCACUGCGGCUCUACGCUGCGAGCUGUCGAAGCCUGGGUACAGUGUGGAGUGGAGGAAGAGCGGGGAUGAACUCAUCAGGAAUGGAGAGAAAUAUCACAUACGACAAAGAGACGGGCUGAUUGAACUGAGGAUCCUUGAUGUUAGACCUGAGGACAGCGACAUCUACACAUGCAUCUGUGGAGACAUAGAGACCACUGCAACUCUGACUGUUAAUGCUCUUCCCAUCACCUUCAAGCAAAAGCUGAAGAAUGUCCAAGUGGAGGAAGGACACAACAUCACACUGUACUGUGAGAUCUCUAAAGCGGGUGUCCCUGUGGAGUGGAGGCUUGGAGGAGAUCUGCUGGAGAAUGGAGAGAAAUACCAGAUUAAGCAAAGGGCCUCAGCCCUGGAGUUGAUCAUCAGAGAUGCUGAACCAGACGACAGCGGGGUCUACACCUGUGUGUGUAGAGAGCAGAAGACAAAGGCCACUGUUAAAGUUAUCGCUGUUCCCACCACAUUUAAAGUUAGCCUGAAGGGCCAGGAGGCUGAAGAAGGGAAGAGUGUGACUUUACGCUGUGAGCUGUCAAAGAAGGGAGUCCAGGUGCAGUGGCAGAGAGACGCUCAGGUGCUGUCUGAGUUUACGUACCGAGGGAAGUAUCUGAUCAAACUAGAAGGAAAGACAGCUGAGAUGACCAUUGUCAACGUCCAACCUGAGGAUGCUGGGAAGUACAGCUGCAUCACAGGAGAUGAGAAAACCACAGCCGAAGUUAAAGUGAAACCACUUCCUGUGACAUUCAAACGAGAGAUCCAGCGCAUGGUGGUGAAGGAAGGGGACAGUGGCGUUUUCAGCUGCGAGAUCUCCAAACCUGGAGCUCCUGUGGAGUGGAGGAAAGGCAGGACGAUCCUGAAGCCUGGAAACAAAUACGAGAUGAAGCUGGAGGGACCUUUCGCUAAACUUGUCAUCAACGACGUGGAGGAGAGUGAUGGUGGCAAAUAUACCUGCAAGACCAAAGACAGCCAAUCAACUGCUGAGCUCAUUGUCCAAGAUUUGCCAGCAAGUUUCAAGAUGCCACUAGUUAACCAGGAGGCAACGGAGGGCAACAGUGUGGUUCUGCGCUGUGAGCUCAACAAACCUGCCCCUUCGGUUGAGUGGAGGAGAGGAUCAGAGCUGCUGAAAAAUGGAGACAAAUACCAGAUGAGGAAGAAGGACCUGCAGGUGGAGAUGAAGAUUACUGAGCUCAGUCUGGACGAUGCUGGAGAUUAUACCUGUAUAUGUGGAGAACACAGUACACAAGCUAGGAUCACUGUGAAUGAGCGGCCCAUCAAAUUCCUUCAAGAACUGAAGAAUAUUCAGGUCCAAGAGGGCAACGGAGUGACACUCUGCUGUGAGCUCUCCAAACCUGACACUCCAGUGCAGUGGAAGAAGGGAGACAAAGUGUUGACCAACGGAGAGAAAUACCAGAUGAAGCAGAGCGGCUCCAAGGUGGAGCUCCUCAUCAGGAAAAGCCAGCCUGAGGACAGUGGCUCAUACAGCUGUGUAUGUGAGGACGUAAAAACUACUGCCACCAUCAUCAUCACUGGGAUCCCAAUAACUUUCAAGCAAAAGUUGAGGAACCAGGAAGCUGUGGAGGAAGGCAACGUGACGCUGCGCUGUGAGCUUUCUAAAGCAGGAGUCCCAGUGGAGUGGAGGAAAGAUGCUCAACUUCUGAUGGAGGGAGAAAAAUAUCAGAUGAAGCAAGAAGGCAGGACAGCUGAGAUGCUGAUCAGAAAUUUAACUCUUAAAGAUUUGGGGGAGUACAGCUGUUUUGUUGGCACUGUUGUGACUUCAGCUGACAUCAAAGUAAGAGCACUUCCUGUUAUAUUUAAACAAGAGCUGGAGAAAUUGGAGGUGAAGGAAGGGGACAGUGGAGUUUUCUCCUGCGAGCUCUCCAAACCUGGAGCUCCAGUGGACUGGAGGAAAGGCAGAGUCAUCCUCAAACCUGGAUACAAAUAUGAGAUGAAACAGGAGGGACGUUUCACUAAACUGAUCAUCAACAACGUAGAGGAGAGUGACGCAGGGAAAUACACCUGCAAGACGAAUGACACCCAGUCAACCGCUGAGCUCAUCGUCAAAGCUCCUCCCAUCACAUUCAAGACAAAGUUAAGGAACCAGCAGGUGGAGGAGGAGAACAGUGUGACGUUGAACUGUGAGCUGUCUAAACCCGGCCUCCCUGUGGAGUGGAGGAAAGGACAAGAGCUGCUGAAGAGUAAUUUCAAAUACCAGAUUAAAAAUCGAAACAGCAACAUGGAGCUCACCAUCAAGAACGCACAGCUGGAGGACAGCGGACUGUACAGCUGUAUCUACGGUGACACCAAAACAACAGCCAACAUCACCAUUACACCUAUCCCCCUCACCUUUAAAAUGGGUCUGAAGAACCAGGAGGCCCCUGAGGGAGGCAAUGUGUCCCUUCACUGCGAGCUGUCCAGGGCCGGGGUGCCCGUGCAGUGGUGGAAGGGGGAGGACCAGAUCUAUCAGGGGGGACGGUAUCAGAUGACGCUGAAGGGGAAAACAGCUGAGAUGAACAUAAGAAACAUCCAGCCUGAGGAUGUCGGGGAGUACAGCUGCAUCGUGGGAGAGCAGAAGACGACGGCUGAGGUCAACGUCAGAGCGGCAGCAUCUGUGUUCUUUGAGAAGGAACUGGAAAGCCAAGCGGUGAUGGAGGGCAAAUCUGUGCUGCUGUCGUGUGAAGUCUCCAGUGCUAAUGUCCCUGUCACCUGGAAGAAGGACAACACUGUGAUUGAAGAAGGAGGGCGGUACAUUUUAAAGAAGAAAGGCCCAACACACAGCCUGGAGAUCAAGAAACUGCACCUGGAGGAUGCUGGAGAGUACUGCUGUAUCACCAGAGGCAAGAAGACCACGGCCAAGCUGAUCGUGAGGGAGCGCGUGCGGAUCGUUACAGAGCUACAGGGUAUAACGGUGACAGCGGGUGAGGACGCGGUGUUUGUGUGUGAACUGAGCCACGCAGACGUGAGUGAGGGUGUUUGGUGGCUUGGCUCCAGCCCUCUGCAGAAGAACGAGAUGAACCAGAUGAUGUGCCACGGUCGCGAACAGCGGCUGGUCCUCACCAUGACAACACCUGAGGAGACCGGCAUCGUGGCAUUUGUGAUUGGGGAGGAGAGGACCUCUGCACGUCUGCUAGUUGUUCCUAAGGCCAGAGUUUUAUUUGAGGAGAAGCCUAAAGACGUUGUGAUCAUGGAAGGAGAGACAGCCACUCUGUCCUGCACAAUCUCUGAUUUUACCUCCCUGGUUACCUGGAGGCGCAACCACAUCCCCCUCCGAAAUGGUGAUAAAUAUGAGAUACGUAAGGAGGGAAAAGUCAACCUAUUGCUAAUACAUGAUGUGGAUCCCUUGGAUACUGGCACAUACUGCUGUGAUACAGGAGACGUGCAGAGCAGUGCCAAACUUACUGUAACAGAGCUCCCUCCAUUCUUCCAAGAAGAACUGCAAAGCGUGGAAGUUGAGGAGGGAGGUUCAGCUGCUCUGUACUGUGAGCUGUCUAAACUUGGAGUGCCGAUUCAAUGGAAGAAGAAAGGGCUGCCACUAAGAGCCAGCCAAAAGUACGAGAUCAGGCAAGAUGGCUGUCUCCUCCAGCUGCACAUCAAGGAUCUCAAACUUGAGGACAGCGGCAGCUACUCGUGUCAAGCAGGGAGUGCAGAGACCACUGCUACUGUGACAGUGAAAGAGCUCCCACCAUUCUUCAAGAAAGAAUUACGAAGUGUGGAGGCUGAGGAGGGAGGUACAGCCUCUCUGUGCUGUGAGCUGUCUAAAGCUGGAGUGUCGGUGCAAUGGAAGAAGAACAGACUACCUCUAAAAGCCAGCAGAAAGUAUGAGAUAAAACAAGAUGGCUGCCUCCUGCAGCUCCACAUCAACGAGCUCAAACCUGAGGACAGGGGGAGCUACACAUGUCAAGCAGGAAGUGCGGAGACCACUGCAACUGUGUCAGUGAAAGAGCUCCCACCAUUUUUCAAAGAAGAACUGCAAAGCGUGAAAGUUAAUGAAGGAGGUACAGCCUCCCUGUGUUGUGAGGUGUCUAAGCCUGGAGUGUCAGUGCAAUGGAAGAAGAUCAAGCUGCCACUUAGAGCCAGUAGGAAGUAUGAGAUGAAGCAAGAUGGCUGCCUCCUCCAGCUGCACAUCAAGGAGCUCCAGCCUGAGGACAGUGGCAGCUACACAUGUCAAGCAGGACAUGUAGAGACCACUGCUACUGUGACAGUGAAAGAAGUCCCACCAUUUUUCAAAGAAGAAUUGCAGAAUGUGAAGGUGGAGGAGGGAGCAACAACCUCUCUUUGCUGUGAGCUGUCUAAGCCUGGAGUGUCAGUACAAUGGAAGAAGAACAGGCUGCCACUCAGAGCGAGCAGGAAUUAUGAGAUGAAACAAGAUGGCUGCCUCCUCCAGCUGUACAUCAAGGAUCUCAAACCUGAGGACAGUGGCAGCUACUCGUGUCAAGCAGGAAGUGCUGAGACCACUGCAACUGUGACAGUGAAAGAGCUUCCUCCAUUCUUCAAGGAAGACUUGGAAAGUCUGGAGGUUGAUGAGGGAGGUACAGCCACCCUGUGCUGUGAGCUGUCUAAGCCUGGAGUGUCAGUACAAUGGAGUAAGAACAGGCUGCCACUGAGAGCUAACAGGAAGUAUGAGAUGAAGCAAGAUGGCUGCCUCCUCCAGCUGCACAUCAAGGAUCUCAAACCAGAGGACAGCGGAGAUAUGUAUAAACUAAGGGGUGAGAGGCCUUCGUCUCCUGAAGACUUCAACCCUCCCACCAUCUGGAGGGAGCACGAACGAGGGGGUGAGAGACCCUCGUCUCGUGGAGGCACCAAACCGUCUGCCAUGAAGGAGCACAGAUCAAGGGGUGAGAGCCCUUCGUCUGGUGACAACAAGGCUUCUGAGACCUGGAGGAAGCAGGGACGAAGGGGUGAGAGACCUUCAUCUCGUGGAGACUUCAACCCUCUCACCAUCAGGAGGGAGCAAGAACGAGGGGGUGAGAGCCCUUCGUCUUGCGAAUAUAACAAGUUCUCCGCCACCCAGAGGCAGCAGGGACAAAGGGGUGAGAGCCCUUCGUCUUCUGAAGACAGCCAGUCCUCCACCACCCGGAGGCAGCAGGGACAAAGAGGUGAGAGUCCGUUGUCUUCUGACAACAAAAAGUCAUCCACCACCCAGAGGCAGCAGGGACGAAGGGGUGAGAGUCCUUCAUCUUCUGACAACAACAAGUCAUCCACCACCCAGAGGCAGCAGGGACGACAGGGUGAGAGCCCUUCAUCUUCUGGAGACUUCAGUCGUGGAGACUUCAACCCUAUCACCAUCUGGAGGGAACACAAACAACGGGUUGAGAGUCCUUCGUCUUGUGAAUAUAACAAGUCCUCCACCACCCAGAGGCAGCAGGAACGAAGGGGUGAGAGCCCUUCAUCUUCUGGAGACUUCAACCCUCUCACUAUCUGGAGGGAACACAAACAACGGGGUGAGAGUCCGUCAUCUUGUGAAUAUAACAAGUCCUCGUCUCCCAACCACAACGAGCCAUCUACCACCCACAGGCAGCAGGGACAAAGGGGUGAGUGCCCUUCCUCUCCUGACCACAACAAGCUCUCUACCACCCAGAGGCAGCAGGGACGAAGGGGUGAGAGCCCUUUGUCUUCUGCAGACUCCACCAACCAGUGGAUUGAUUAUGAUUUCUUGGUUUGGCUGUGGAACUGGAAGGAGAGAAAACGAGAGGAGCAGGAGGAGAGAAAACAAGAGGAGCAGGAGGAGAAGGAGAGGAUGGAUAGGAUGGAGAGGAUGACAAAGGCGAGAGAUGAGCUGUGGGGGGAGAUGGCAAGAUUAGAUGAAUUGAGGAGAGAAAGAAUGGAACGACAGAUGAAGGAGGAGAGAGAAAGACGGGAAAGGGGGCCUGAUAAAGAGCAUUUGAAGAGGUUGGAAAUGGAGAGGAAAAGACAGAGGGAGGAGGCGAAAGAGAGAGAGAAGAUGGACAAGCAGGAGAAAAAAAGACAAAGGAAGGAGGAGAAAAAGAGGCUAAAGAUGGUGAAGAAUGAGAUAAAAAGAGUGUGGAAGGAGGAGAGGAAAGAGAGAAAAAGACAGAGGAAGGAGAGGAUUGAAAAAGGGUGGAGGGAGAGAGAGAUCCAGGAGGACUGGGGAACUUUUGUUCUCUUUAAAAGAGUCCAAAUUGCAUGGCGCAAAUCUUGGAAAGACAAGGUCACAGUAAUCAAUCAGCAGGAGCAUCACCUCCUACAGAGAGGUGGCAGGAAUGCGGAGAAGGAGACUGCAGAAACAGAACAGGAAGUGAAGUGGGCAGAGUCUAGGCAAGAAGUGAAGAGAAAGAGGAAGGAAAAAAAGAAGGAGGAUGGCGGCAACUCAAACGCCCUUCAAAAAUUCUUCAGGGCAUCGCCACACAGAUGUGAUAACUUCAUAUAAACGCACCUUUCCUGCCCACUUACUCACCUGCAUCGCCCAGGAACCAGCCUUUCUCCAACACUGGUGUCCACCACUAGUUUUUUGAGU